CAAAGCUGGCGGCCUGGGAAGCUGAAAGCGGGCCGGGCGGAGAUGCAGCGGCGGCUCCGGGUGUCGCGGCGCGGGCCGGGCGGUGUGCGGGCCGGAGGCGGGCAAGGGGUACCCGCCGCUGCAUCCGCACUCUGCUGACGCCCUAGCCCUGCAGGUGGUCCCGGGUGGUCCCAGCUGUCGUCCCACUUUGCAGUCCCCACCCCUCCGCCCUUUGUGCCGCCGCCACCCGGCGUCCCCAGUUCGGCGGGACCCGGGGAGCGCGGGAGCCAGAGGCCCCGCUGGGCGCACGGGGCCGGCAGCGGAUGGCGAUCACGGGCGGAGGGCGCAGGGGCGCUGCAGCCCGAGCUCCCGACGUUGGAAGCCCGGGCCGCCUCCGCCGCAUUGUCCCGGGCUGCGAGCCCAGGCCCUGAGCUGCCGCAGCGCCCGCCCACCGCCACCCGCGGGGCCAUGCGGAGAGCCGCGGGGAUGGAGGACUACUCCGCAGAGGAGGAGGAGUCCUGGUACGACCAUCAGGACCUGGAGCAGGCUUUCAGGAAGCUGAAGCAGAAGGAAUCAUGAGUUCCAGGGUAGCCUGAACUCCGAGAUAAGAUCCGCUCCAAGCAAAACCGAAUCGAGACGUGGAGGUGAGAAGGGAGUGAGCCUGGAGCUCUCCGGAAAGGUACUUCAGAAGGAAAUGACAACAGGUUAAGCCCCUGGCUUCUGCCUCCCACCUGCUGGGGCUUCUGAGAGUGCAUCGGGUGCGGCUGGAGUCACCCAGGCCCCAGCCAGCCAGCCAUGAAUGCUAGGGCUUCUCUAUUAACACAUGUAGGGCUCUCUGACUUCUUCAUUCUGUGCUCUCUGCCUCACCCCCACCCCAGACUUGCACCUAGCCGCCGAGCUUGGGAAGACUCUGCUGGAGAGGAACAAGGAGCUGGAGGAGUCCCUGCAGCAGAUGUACUCCACCAAUGAGGAGCAGGUGCAUGAGAUCGAGUACUUGACCAAGCAGCUGGACACACUGAGGCUCGUGAAUGAACAGCAUGCUAAAGUGUACGAGCAGCUGGACCUGACGGCCAGAGACCUGGAGCUGACCAACCAGAGGCUGGUGAUGGAGAGUAAGGCUGCCCAGCAGAAGAUCCACGGGCUGACAGAGACCAUUGAGCGCCUGCAGUCCCAGGUCGAAGAGCUACAGGCCCAGGUGGAGCAACUUCGAGGCCUGGAGCAACUUCGGAUUCGCCGGGAAAAACGGGAACGCAGGAGAACCAUCCAUACCUUCCCCUGCCUGAAGGAGCUGUGCACAAGUUCCCGAUGUGAGGAUGCCUUCCGCCUACACAGUUCCUCUUUGGAGCUGGGUCCUCGGCCGCUGGAACAGGAAAACGAACGGCUGCAGACCUUGGUUGGGGUGCUCCGUUCCCAGGUGAGCCAGGAGCGACAGCGCAAGGAACGAGCGGAACGUGAGUACACGGUGGUGCUCCAGGAGUACACGGAGCUGGAGCGACAGCUGUGUGAGAUGGAGGGCUGCCGCCUGCGCGUGCAGGAGCUGGAGGCCGAGUUGCUGGAGCUGCAGCAGAUGAAGCAGGCCAAGACCUACCUGCUGGCCCGGGAGGAGCACCUGGCUGAGGCUCUGCUGGCGCCCCUCACUCAGGCCCCUGAGGCCGAUGACCCCCAGCCAGGCAGUGGAGAUGACUCUAAUGCCCAGGAUGGUGUCUCCUCGCCUGCCGCUUCCCCCAGCCACGCAGUGCGCAAGAGCUGCAGUGACACGGCGCUCAAUGCCAUAGUGGCCAAAGACCCAGCCAGCCGCCAUGCUGGCAACCUCACGUUGCAUGCCAACAGUGUGCGCAGGCGCGGUAUGUCUAUCCUGCGGGAGGUGGAUGAGCAGUACCACGCGCUGCUGGAGAAAUACGAGGAGCUACUGAGCAAGUGCCGGCAGCACGGUGCCGGAGUGCGGCACGCGGGGGUGCAGACCUCACGGCCCAUCUCCCGGGACAGCUCCUGGAGGGACCUACUGGGGGGCGAAGAGAGCCCGGGAGAGGGCAAGGCGGGUGAGAAGAGCCUAAGCCAGCACGUGGAGGCUGUGGAUAAGCGGCUGGAGCAGAGCCAGCCGGAGUACAAGGCACUCUUCAAAGAGAUCUUUGCCAGGAUCCAGAAGACCAAGGCCGACAUCAACGCCACCAAAGUCAAGACACACAGCAGCAAGUGACCCCUCUCUAGGCCUGUCGCCUCCCUCCGCCUCCCGACCAGAGGGGUCCCUCAUGCCUGGCUGGCAGCCUCCUGGCAAGUGAGAAAGCCCUUUAUGCAGCAAUAUAUCAUAGCAGGUGGCUGGGGACACUGCAUAUUCCCUGCUGGUGGCUCGGCUCACCUGUUCUGCCUCCCUUGGCCACUUUGCUUCAGCUCAAAGGCACAGCUCAGUUUAAAAGCCAAACACACUCCCCACCCCGCCACUGCCACUCCACCACUGUCCCUGGGGGCUUUUCAGCUCCCCCAGCCCUCAGCUUCUGGACCCCAGGCUUCACCCUCAGAUUGCUGCCAGUCUUCUGCAAGCCUUUCUAGCUUUGCCCUCCAAAGUUGUUUUUGUUUUUUGGUUUUUUUUUUUUUUUUUUCUGAGAGAUUUGCAAUGCAAGGCCUCCUGAAGCCUUGUCACAACUGGAAACACUUGAAAGGGGACCUCAGAGCCAGCCAUUGCUGGUGUCUGGAGUCUCCCAGACCACUCACUGCUUCUUGCCAGUUAUGACUGUCAUUCCCUUCGCACCAGCUGUACCACUCCCAGAGGUCUGAGCAGGCCACAGAUAGCCCCCACCUUGCAGAGCAGGAAGUUUAGCCAGGCUCGAGUGUAUCCCCUCCAGCCCUGGCAAAGGGCUUCUGCUCACCACAGAUCUAUAGCCAGUCUGAAUAGAGGAAGAGAGAACCCCACAACAGCCAUACACGGGUAGUGUCCCUUUCCUCUCAGAGCCAAGUUCCAUUCCUGGAGUUAUCCUCUAGGCAUGAAGCCUUCCAGGGGCCGGGAUGGUAGGGAGUUUCACCCCUUCCUCCCUCCCCAAGCCUGCAAACCACCUUUGCUUUCAUUCCUUUCUCUGCGCCUGCCCCCAUCUCAGGGACCAUGAUGUCUCAUCCAGUCCUCUCUUCCUCAGGCCACCCAGGGACAGUUCACAUCUGCAGCCUUCAGAAUGUCCUGUAGGAGUGUCACCAACCCAGGUCCAAGUGUUCAUGCCUGUCCUUCACCAGGGACUGUAGGACCCUUACUUGUUUUGUUUGGUUGGGCUUUGAUCUGUUUUUUUGUUUUGCUUUGUUUUGUUUUGUUUUUUUGAGACAGGGAUUCUCUGUGUAGCCCUGGCUGGCCUGGAACUCACUCUGUGGACCAGGCUGGUCUCCAACUCAGAUCCUCCUGCCUCUGCCUCCCAAGUGCUGGGAUUAAAGGUGUGAUCUACCACUGCCGGGCCCUCAUGUUGCGUUGUGUUCUUAAGUUGAGGAAGAACUGUCUCCUCUUCCACCUUUCUACAGAAUGCCUCUUCUUUACCUCCCGCCUCUAUGGGGAUGACUUUUGAGGCCCCACCUGGGUCAAGGGUUCAGUAUUUUAGUCUAAAACUUCAGAAAGUCAAGCAUCACUUAAGACAUGCCCAGGGCUCCAGCUUGCCCUCAGCAGUCCUUCAGGACUUCUGGUUCCUUCCGCCACCCUUCUCAAGAUUCUAGAAAUCAAAGGAGCCAUACAAUCCGGCAGGAGGCAGUGACUGUGGUCUCAGUGCUGGGAGCCCAGGAGGAACCGUCAUGCCUUACCUCCUUCUAAUGGGUAAAGGGGCUUUCUUAUCAAGCAUGUCUGACAUCCCUGGAGAGGCUACGCUGUUCCAGGUGGCACUGGGAUGCCAGUUGGCAGCUGGAUCCUUCUGUUCACACGACUUGGAACCUUUUGUCCUUUGGGGCUGGGCACCUCCAGACCCUCUGUGUGUCCCUGUCAUCUGGGGAUGGGGAGGAAUUCAGGCCUGUUCACUUCCCCAGUUCUGUAGCAGCCGAUCAGCGUCACCUUUGAAGUAUACAUGAGAGAAAUAUAUUUACAAAUGCUUUAUUCUCUUCUUUAAUAAAAAGUGCACCGGUAUUCUAGAAGUC